AUGAGACUGCCACAACUCGUGGAUCUCGAUAUCACGGGUGUCCCGCAUCUUGGAAGGAUACGGCUGCAUCCAGAAGAACGACUUGCGGACAAGAACCCGCUCGAUACGAAGACGCCAGCUCUUCUACGGCUUCAGCUCCGCGGCAUCUCCUUAUCCUUUCACGCCCCUCGCCUACGCUCACUAUACAUCGAACACCACCACUCUGGCAUAGACGCAACUUGGAGUAUACCCGGCCUAUUGUCUAUGCUCACUCGGUAUCCUCUACUGGAACACCUUACGCUUCUCCACGCUAUACGACCGACACAGGACGACCAAGCCUCACAGCUCGCCGAAGCGUUCGAAGAGCUAUCUGUUGGUCCGGAUCAUCUCAUCGACUUUCCGCACCUUACCGCGUUACGCAUUGGUGGCCACCCCCGAGACCUUAUUACGCUCUGGCGUAGCCUGGCGGUACCCCGUAGCACAUCCGUGCACUUCGAAUUCACGUUAACCUUGGCUGAACCGGGUAUCCUGAUCACAAGCCUUCUCGAGGCCGUCAAGUCGCACCUCGACGACCCUCGGAACGACACCGUGACACUUCGAGCGCGCCCAUCACCACGAAACUCGAUUGAGGGCAUGAUAGGGCCUGCAUCCGGCGCGGCGCCGGCGGGCGCGGGGAAGGCAGGCUCUUGUGUCUUCAACAUCGCACUCCACGUCCCGUCCGUGCUUUCGGAACAAGCGUUCGCGUAUACGCUCUCAGCAUUCGUAUUGACGGCAAUCCCGCACGCGCGCACUCUUCGUCUCAUCGAUUACACCCUCGGUCCCGAGCCUCUUGACUUCGGCUUGUCAUCCAUUCACGCAUUGUACGUGGAAGGACCAGGAGCACACGACACUGCCGCCAUCGUCCUCCGCAAUGGAUCACUCCCGGAGCUCCAUUCGGUUGAGAUCGUCAACGCAGGAGACGUGUCGGGGUAUGGCGCAGAGAUCGCCGAGGCACUUCAGUUGCGCGCUCCCUCCUUAAGGCGGCUCGUGCUUCGAGGGCCUGUCAGAUAUCUUGAUCACCGAGAGCGCGAGGAUGAGCUAGAGCUCUUACGAGACGUCGUGGACGAUCUGAUUGACCAACGCGAGUGGGAAGUUGAAGAUAAAGGCCACAGCGGCAAGACACGAAAGCUCGCGGGCUUGGGUGUCGCACUCCUACUCUCAAGCGUCACUCUGUUACAAGCAUAG